UCAGAGCUGACAGGCCCCGUUCACUGUGCAGACACAUGUUGUUGAGAUCAGAGAUCAGACUUAAGUUUCACUUCUCAGACACUGAAACUCAGACAGUCGUUCGUCACUGAGAGGUGAAAUGGCGCAGAAAGGAGUUGAGGUGGAGCGGAAAUCCUUCUCUUGUUCCAUCUGUCUGGAUCUACUGGAGGAUCCGGUGGCUAUUUCCUGUGGACACAGCUACUGUAUGAGAUGUAUUAAAACCCACUGGGACAAAGAGGAUGAGAAGAGGAUCUACAGCUGCCCUCAGUGUAGAGAGACCUUCACACUGAGACCUGUCCUGGUGAAAAACACCAUGUUGGCUGAUUUAGUGGAGCAGCUGAAGAAGACUGGACUCCAAGCUGCUCCUGCUGAUCACUGCUGUGCUGGACCUGAAGAUGUGGCCUGUGAUGUUUGUACUGGGAGAAAACGGAAAGCCGCCAAGUCCUGUUUGGUUUGUUUGGCCUCUUAUUGUGAAAAACACCUCAAGCAUCAUUAUGAUGCACCUCCGUUAAAGAAGCACAAGCUGGUGGACCCCACCAACAAGCUCCAGGAGAACAUCUGCUCUCGUCACAAUACGGUGAUGAAGAUGUUCUGCCGCACUGAUCAGCAGUGUAUCUGUUAUGUCUGCUCUGUGGACGAACAUAAAGGCCACGACACAGUCUCAGCUGCAGCAGAAAGGACCAAGAGGCAGAGAGAGCUUGAGCUGAGUCGACAACAAAUCCAGCAGAGAGUCCAGGACAUAGAGAAAGAUGUGAAGCUGCUUCAACAGGAGCUGGAGGCUGUCAAUGGCUCUGCUGACAAAGCAGUGGAGGACAGUGAGAAGAUCUUCACUGAGCUGAUCCGUCUGGUGGAGAAAAGAAGCUCUGACGUGAAGCAGCAGAUCAGAUCCCAGCAGGAAACUGAAGUGAGUCCAGUCAAAGAUCUUCAGGAGAAGCUGGAGCAGGAGAUCACUGAGCUGAAGAGGAAAGACGCUGAACUGAAGCAGCUCUCACACACAGAGGAUCACAACCAGUUUCUACACAACUACCCCUCACUGACACCACUCAGUCCGUCUACACACUCAUCCAGCAUCAACAUCCGUCCUCUCAGGUACUUUGAGGCUGUGACAGCAGCUGUGUCAGAGGUCAGAGGUCGACUACAGGACGUCCUGACUGAGUCAGAGACAAACAUCUCACUGACAGUGACUCAAGUGGAUGUUUUACUGCCACAACCAGAGCCCAAGACCAGAGAGGAAUUCUUAAGAUAUUCACAAGAAAUCACACUGGAUCCAAACACAGCAAACACACAUUUGUUAUUAUCUGAGGGAAACAGAAAAGUAAAAUUUAUGAAAGAAGAACAGUUUUAUUCUAGUCACCCAGACAGAUUCACUUAUUAUUGUCAGGUCCUGAGUAGAGAGAGUCUGACUGGACGUUGUUACUGGGAGGUGGAGAGGAGAGGAGGAGUUUCUGUAGCAGUCGCAUACAAGAAUAUCAUCAGAGCAGGGAACUCAGAUGAAUGUAGAUUUGGAUUCAAUGACAAAUCUUGGGCGUUAUAUUGUUAUGAAAACACUUAUAACUUUUAUUACAACAGUAUCAAAACUCCAGUCUCAGGUCCGGUGUCCUCCAGAGUCGGAGUGUACCUGGAUCACAGUGCAGGUGUUCUGUCCUUCUACAGCGUCUCUGACACCAUGACUCUCCUCCACAGAGUCUAGACCACAUUCACUCAGACGCUCUGUGCUGGAGUUCGUCCAUUUAAAGUAGGAGCCACAGCUGAGUUCUGUAAACUCAAAUAGACUUGAGUCAUUCAAAGAGCGAUGAGUUGAACUCUGCGUUUAGACCUUUUAACUUCUUUUAUCUCCAUGCUUGUUGCUCAAAGCUCGUGGUUGUUGCUAUUGUUGUGACGUGUGCUCUGCACAGAGAUCAGCUGUCAAUCAAACACUGUGGGCGGUAUUUUGACGUCUCCUCAUUUAGUGAGACUUUUUCUGAAUUGUCAUGAUACUGAUCAAUAACAGAUGAAAUCACCUCGCUGGUGUGAUGAAGAAUGAAAAGCUCCAGUGUGAUCUCAGUUUCAGAGCUUGUUUCAUGAGGUUUAAUGAACUUAAACUAAUCAACCUUCACCAUGUUGGUGGCAGAGCAAAAAACAGCUAUACGAGUCAUUUGGAACAGUUUUACAACAGCAAAAGUUCUGUUUUGUCAUUAAGGUGUGAUGACUUGUUGAACAUAAUAGCAACGCACCACACACAAUACGGUUUCCUGUGUAUUGUAUUAAAUCAACAGCAGCUUGAUUGUGUGAUAAAAAGCUUAAAAAUGACCAUCGUUUGCUUGAUGUUGAAAAUUAUUCUUCACAUUGGAAACAUUAAUUGUCAAACAAAUCCCACCACCAGGUCCAAUCUGUUUCUAUUCUGCCUUGACACGAAUGAGAUUUCCUCAAUAAUCAAUCAAAAAAUAUAGACUGAUAAAAUAUAGUGAAACAUUCAGCAGCUAAAGAGACUGAUGUUUCCCUCAGGAUGUGGUGGAGACCAAAAACAGAGGAACAAGAGACAGAAUACUUGACUUAACGCUCAUCUGGAGAACACAAAUAUGACUCCAGAUGAACGUCAAUGUCGCUCUGUAAUUGCUAAAUGUGUAAUUGAGCAACUGUUUGCUAAGAAAGUUGAUGUGUUGCCCCCAAGUGGCCAGGAAAAAAAGAAUCAGUGAUUAAAGUUUAAAAAAACUGAAAGAUGCUGCUAGUAACUAGAGAUGUAGGAGAGGUUAAAGUACCUAAACUCAGUUUGUGUAAAGUUAUAGUUUAGAACAUUUAAUUGCUGUUGUAAAAUAAGAUUAGAGCAAUGUAAAGAAAUAAGAUGAAUAUUAAAAAUACAUCAUGGUUUGUAGUGUGAAAGUGCAGCAGGGACACCAGCAUCAUUUAAGUUAAAGUAGAAUCUUUGCUUUUAUGAGGUGAUAGUUGUUCAUAGGAUUGUUUAGUGUUUUACUUAUGUUUAUGUUUGACCUCUGCCACAGAGGUUAUGUUUUCACCCUUGUCCCUUUGUUAAUUUGUUUCUCAGAUUAAUUACUACUUAUCAGAUUUUCAUGAAACUUGGUGGAAGGAUGGGACAUGGGCCAAACAAUAAUCUAUUACAGUUUGGUGUUGAUCUGGACUAAAGGGGCUGAGCCAUGACAUUUUUUUUUAUAUCACUUUCUUUAAUAUUUUGAGACGUUUUUAUGACAUUUCCAGUGAUUUCCCGGGAAAUGAUUCAUGGGUUUUGAUGAGUAAAUCAGGAAUAUUUCAGGAACUGAUGAGUAUGAGUGUAAUGUGAUGUGUAUCCAAAUCAAAAUGCAGAUAUAGCAGAUGUAGCUGUUGUUUCAUAUGAGGACUGUUGGGCGUC